CCCGGCGAGGCGCGGGUGCGCGAGUGAGCGGGCCAGAGGUCCGGCUGUAGGCCCGUGCUGAGGGCCGGCACCUUCAUCAUGGCCUGGGCUGACCUGGACUACACCAUCGAGAUCCCGGAUCAGCCCUGCUGGAGCCAGAUGCAUGGUCCCACAACUGAGCUGGAGAUUGCAGAACCCCUCAGAAGGAUGUCAGGACACUGUGAUCCCCUGAAUCCAUUUGUUCCCUCUGCAGAGUGCUCCCCUCCAGGCCGACAUGGCUGCACAGAGUGACAGUCUUCAGGGACCCUAGAGAUUAUUUCUCUUCUGCAGUGGUGAAAGAACAACGCCAGACAAGGUGGGAAGGAGGCAGGGCCGCGACUGCCUGUGGUGAUUCUCUUGGGCUGGGGUGGCUGCAGGGACAAGAACCUUGCCAAGUACAGCGCCAUCUACCAUGAAAGGGCCUCAUAUACCAUCCCAGAGGCGUAGUCACCAUGAAGCCAUGAAUCCAAAAAUGGACCUUGAGUAUACUUUCCACUCCUGCAAAGUACCUGUGUCUGGCUGCAUCGUGAUCCGAUACACAGCCCCCUGGCACAUGGUCUUCUUCUCAGAGUCCCUGGGCAUCCCUUCACUUCGUUUGUUGGCCCAGAAGCUGCUUGAGCUACUCUUUGAUUAUGAGAUUGAGAGGGAGCCCCUGCUCUUCCACGUCUUCAGCAAUGCUGGCGUCAUGCUUUACCGCUACGUGUUGGAGCUCCUGCAAACCCAUCGGCGCUUCUGCCACUUGCGUGUGGUGGGCACCAUUUUUGACAGUGGUCCUGGUGAUAACAACUUGGUAGGGGCCCUGCGGGCCCUGGCAGUCAUCCUAGAACAUCAGCAUGCUUUGAUGCGCCUAUUGCUCCUGGUGGCUUUCACCCUGGUGGCAGUCUUGUUCCAUAUCCUGCUUGCUCCACUCACUGGCCUCUUCCACACCCGCUUCUAUGAUAAGCUACGGAAUGCAGAAUCCCACUGGCCUGAGCUCUACCUCUACUCGAAGGCAGAUGAGAUUGUCCUGGCCAGGGAUGUGGAACGCAUGGUGGAGGCACGCCUGGCCCACCGGGUCCUGGUACGCUCUGUGGACUUUGUGUCAUCUGCACAUGUCAGCCACCUACGAGACUACCCUACUUACUACACAAGCCUUUGUGUUGACUUCAUGCGCAGUUGUGUCCAGUACUCAGGUCCUACUCCAGAAAUAAAUGCCUGACCUCUCACAA